AUGGUACAUUUUACAAGUCGUGAUCCACUGCGAAAAAAACAUUAUUGGCGACUUGAUACAAAAGCUAUAACAUUAUUUCAAAAUGAAAAUAGUUCUAAAUAUUAUAAAGAAAUUCCAUUGGUUGAAAUAUUGUCUAUUGAAACUGCAUCUCGUUCACAUACUAUGCAUUGUUUUGAGUUAAAAACUGCCAAUGUUGAUUAUUAUGUUGGAGAAGAUCCUUCAUAUGCAGAUAAUUGUAGCCAAGUUCCUCCACCAGAAAGUGGUAUUGGAGCACAUGUUGCUAGGUCAUGGGAAACUAGUAUUAGACAAGCACUUAUGCCUGUAACUACUGUAUCAACUAGUUCAGAACAGUCUACAGAACCUGAAGAAAAUAUUACAGAUAUGUCUCAGUUAUAUGAGAUUUUUCCAGAUGAAGUUUUAGGUUCUGGACAAUUUGGUACAGUCUAUGGAGGUGUUCAUCGUAAAAGUGGUCGAGCAGUUGCCAUAAAAGUUAUUGAUAAGUUUCGUUUUCCUACAAAACAAGAAGCACAGCUGAAAAAUGAAGUUGCUAUACUCCAGAAUCUUUCACAUAGUGGAGUUGUUAAUCUGGAACGGAUGUUCGAAACCCCGGAACGAAUAUUUGUAGUUAUGGAAAAAUUGAAAGGUGAUAUGCUGGAAAUGAUACUAAGUUCGGAACGUAGCCGUCUUAGCGAAAGAGUAACUAAAUUCUUAAUCACACAAAUAUUAGUAGCAUUAAAACAUUUACAUAGCAAAAAUAUAGUACAUUGUGAUUUAAAACCUGAAAAUGUGCUGCUAAGUAGCGAUAACGAGUUUACACAAGUAAAACUGUGCGACUUCGGUUUUGCGAGAAUCAUAGGAGAGAAAAGUUUCAGAAGAAGUGUUGUUGGUACUCCCGCAUAUCUGGCACCUGAAGUUUUAAGAAACAAAGGUUAUAAUCGAUCUUUAGAUAUGUGGAGUGUUGGUGUAAUUAUUUAUGUUUCUUUGAGUGGUACAUUUCCAUUCAAUGAAGAAGAAGAUAUUAAUGAACAAAUUCAAAAUGCUGCUUUCAUGUAUCCACCUAUCCCUUGGCGAGAAAUCUCAUCAGAUGCUAUUGAUUUAAUCAAUAACCUAUUACAAGUAAAACAAAGAAAACGUUAUACUGUAGAUAAAAGUUUACAACAUGUAUGGCUCCAGGAUUAUCAAACAUGGUGUGAUUUACGAGAAUUAGAAGCAAAAGUGGGAUAUCGUUAUUUAACUCACGAAAGUGAUGAUGCCCGGUGGUUAGCAUAUGGUAAUCAACGUACAUGA